UCUCUUCUCUCCGCUGGGGUCGCAGAGGCGUAAUAAGCUAGCUAGCUUGCCAUGCUCCGCGCGUGAGCAUUGUCGGGCACUUAAGCGCAAACUAAAGUGCCAAUUAAGCGCAAAGCGGGGAUGCUUAGGGCAUAUACGGCGUGCAGAGCAUCUCCCCGAUGUGGGCGAGAGAGAAUAUCUACUCCCAUUGCUUGCUGGGCUUCCGGCGGGCAGCUGUUACGGAGAGAGCACCAUACGCGCACUAGUUUCUUCCUUUCUUUUCCUUGCCCCGUCCCGUCCCGUCCUCCUCUAAUCAUCAGCUCGGGAAUCAGGCACCAACUAAGUGUUGGUGACUUUGAGAUCCGCCCCCCCCCCCCCCCCCCCACUUCACUCGUCUCCUCCCCGUUGCGUUGCUUUAAUACCCACAGCGGAGGCAGGCGCACAUCUCCUCAGAUUUGCUAACAGAGAGAGCACACGCGACAAGAUCUCCCCCUCGAUUGUACGCAGCUACAGCUCCCAGGUACAUAUUAGCGCUCCCUCUCUCCCUUGGUUGCCAUGGCACCAGAUUUGCUUGCCUUGAGUGCCUUGUCGCUGGAAGCAGAUUCGCUUCGCAAUGGCGACCCCUGCUACCCUCUCCCCUCGGACUCGUCCAAGAACGCCCCCAACAAGGCAGCUGCAGCCGAGAGAAGCCGCAGCGAUCCGAGCCCAGUAGUGGGGGCAGCAGCAGCAGCUGCUGCAAGCAGCCCGUUGCUGUCCCCUCGGCCAACUCUCAUGAGGCUCGAGACUGUCAAGAGCAGCGAGUGCCUGGAAGCAUUGAUGCUGUCGCCCAGCGUCCGGUCCACCGUCAGCGGUGGACUGUUCUCGCCCCGUAUUCACUCGUUCGAGCCUCACCCCAUGAUCGGGGAGGCAUGGGAGCAUUUGCGCAGAUCUAUCGUCUACUUCCGCGGCAAUCCGGUGGGCACCAUUGCUGCCAACGAUUCGGUCGAGGAAGUGCUCAACUACAACCAGGUGUUUGUGCGCGACUUCGUGCCCAGUGCCCUGGCCUUCCUCAUGAAUGGCGAGUCCGACAUCGUCAAAAACUUUCUGCUCAAGGCGCUCCGGCUGCAAGCGUGGGAGAAGCGGAUCGACAACUUCACGCUGGGGCAAGGGGCCAUGCCCGCCAGCUUCAAAGUCCUCCACGACCCGGUGCGGAGGACAGACACCAUGGUGGCGGACUUUGGAGAGAGCGCCAUCGGGCGGGUGGCGCCGGUGGACUCGGGCUUCUGGUGGAUCAUCCUGCUGCGAGCCUACACCCGCUCCACCGGGGACCACAGCCUGGCCGACAUGCCCGACUGCCAGCGGGGUAUCAAGCUCAUCCUCACGCUCUGCCUGGCCGAGGGCUUCGACACCUUCCCCACGCUGCUCUGUGCCGAUGGCUGCUGCAUGGUGGACCGGCGAAUGGGGAUCUACGGCUAUCCCAUCGAGAUCCAGGCGCUCUUUUUCAUGGCCCUGCGCUGCGCCAAGACGAUGCUCAAGCAGGAGGCGCCGGGCAACAAGGAGCUGCUUGAGCGCAUCGACAAACGGCUCAACGCGCUGAGCUACCACAUGCGCAACUACUUUUGGCUCGACCACCACCAGCUCAACAGCAUCUACCGCUACAAGACGGAGGAGUACUCGCACACGGCGGUGAACAAGUUCAACGUCAUCCCCGAGUCCAUCCCCGACUGGGUGUUCGACUUCAUGCCCAUGCGCGGGGGCUACUUCAUUGGCAAUGUCAGCCCCGCGCGCAUGGACUUCAGGUGGUUCCUGCUCGGCAACUGCGUCGCCAUCCUGUCGUCCAUGGCCACCUCGGAGCAGGCCGAGGCCAUCAUGGACCUCAUCGAGGAGCGCUGGGAGGACCUGGUGGGAGAGAUGCCGCUCAAGAUCUCCUACCCGGCCAUCGAGGGACAUGAGUGGCGGAUCGUGACGGGCUUCGACCCCAAAAACACGAGGUGGAGCUACCACAACGGAGGCUCCUGGCCAGUACUCCUGUGGCUGCUGACGGCGGCGUGCGUCAAGACGGGGAGGCCACAGAUGGCACGCAGGGCGAUCGAGCAGGCGGAGCAGCGGUUGUCGCUGGACGGGUGGCCCGAGUAUUACGACGGCAAGCUGGGACGCUACAUUGGCAAGCAGGCCCGCAAGCUGCAGACGUGGUCCAUUGCUGGCUACCUGGUUGCCAAGAUGCUGCUCGAAGACCCCACGCACUUGGGCAUGGUGUCGCUCGACGAGGACAGGAACAUGAAGACACUCAUGACGCGAUCCGCCUCUUGGACGGUGUAGCUUAAAGAUCCCUUGGUACCCCCACACCAGCGACAGAACUCCAUAAAAUAUACAUCUAUUCUUUUCUCCUUCCUUUCAUCACGAGGAAAGGAGCUCCACAUUGUAGCCUAGCCUAGCCUAGCUAUGGAGGUGACGCCGCUUGGCUCUUCCCGCGCUUGUCACCGGUAUAAGUUGCACAGCGGCUAGCAAACAAAUUACAGGCGGGCAUGGUCGCACAUUUGAAAAUUUCAUCAAUAUGCUGGCAUUCCCAUA